AUGCCUCGCACUCGCAGUCGUCAAACUCGUCUUUCUCGACGCAGUCCACCUCGUGAAGCGAAUACUGGAAAUGGCGUUCGGUCUAAAUUGAAGGAAAGUGAUAUAUGCGUUGGAUGUAUCGUAUGGCUUCCUCCCAAAAUAGAGGGGGAUGGAUCUCUGGUGUGUGUUCGCGGUAAAAGUUGCUGCAAUGGUAAGAAAUUGGAUGAUGAUGGAUAUAACCACCCUGUAGUGAUUUUAUAUUACAAGGAUACUACUUGUUAUAUUGCUAUGAUCACAUCCAAAACUCGACGAAAUGUAUAUACCUCAAAACGCAUCCAAAUAUCCCAAAAUCCUCCCGAUCCUGACGAUCUCGAUCUCGAUCCUGAAUGCAAGUUAUAUCUCGAGACGGGAGAAAUGAAUAAAACAUCGUUUAUUAUCAUCGAACAUCUUUUCCCAAUUCAAUUUUCUAUACUUCGCUCCAUUAGCUUCAAACCUCAAUCGAGAGCUUUUGACACGAGGUUACGUAAACAGAGUUAUGUGGAGUUGGUGGCCAUGUUUGAUAUGGAUGAGGGUAUGAUGGAAUGGGUGGAUACGGGGAUUGUAAAAGCGAAGGAUGGGAAUGGUGCUAGGAGAGGACAGAGGGAACAGAGAGUUACGUUUAGGGAUCCAUGGGAGGAGAUCAGGGGAGAUACAGCGACAGCGACUAGUAACCGGGAAAUUGCAAGACAGUCGCUGGCUCGGGAAACUCGAAGACAAUCGCGAGAUCAGAGAAUUUCCUCGGAACCUACUCCUACUACAACAAUUCCUGCUCUCUCAUCAAUACCACGAACUCAAGCAACCCUCCCCGCAACACCCAGAGAAGAAUGGUAUUCCUACGAUCGAUCUCAGGCUAUCCUUCGCAAUCUCGCAAACGAAAGAGAUGCACUUCUUCAACAUCAGCCUCCACCGUACUCGCUUUCUCCCAUCACCCAAAUCCAAAGUACCUGGCAUCAACAAACACAACUCCCAUCUCGUCCCUCUCGCUUAAAUUAUCAUGCAGCGCUCCCUUCGGUAGAACGCUACGAUCGCUCGCAUUGGGAUGCAAGGAUUAGGAAUAUGAAUAUGAGGGUGCAUGAUUUGGAACAUGGAGGUAGGGGUGGGGAGGAGGGGAGGGGAGAUGGUGGGGGAGUGGGUGGGAAGUUGAAGGGAGUCAUGAAUGGAAAUUGA